AUGGCAUACAAAUUCGCCCCUGCCGGAAAGGAUGACGUUUCCGAUUUGUCUAUUCUUGUAAAUCGCUGCUACCGAGGAAAGGAUCUCGGAGGGUGGACAACCGAGGCAGAUUUUCUUGGCGGGAUCAGAACCACGCCUGAGAUGCUGGAACAACAGUUAAAAGAAGAAUACUUAACCAUGAUCAAAGCUGUGGACCCCGUCACUGGAAAAAUUGUGGGAUGCGUGUACUGUAAAGUGGACGGCACUUCAGUUCACUCGGGAAUGUUGUGCGUGGAGCCUUCAAUUCAAGCAAAAGGACUUGGGAAAAUGCUGAUGCAGGAAGUUGACAACUUUGCACUCAACAACAACUGCACUUCCGUAACUAUUGAUGUCAUUAGCAUUCGGGACUCACUUAUUGCGUUUUACGAGCGAAGAGGAUUCAGGCCAACGGGCAAAACAACGCCUUUUUCAAAGUUUGGAGUUGGAGACGCCAAAAGAGAACUUGUAUUUCAAGAAAUGAAAAAACAAUUAUAA